AUGGAUAAGCUCUCCGGUCUCGCCUCGAAGCUCGGGGGCGGCAACAAGAGUGGGUCGAGCUCUGGCGGCUCCUCCAACAACGAGGACUACCUCGACAAGGCCCUCGACAGUGUCGAGAAGAAGUUCGGUGGCGGCAAGGUCGACCCGGUCAAGAUGCGUGACACCAACGAGAAGAUCACCGACAACGCCCGCGAGCAGUUCGAGAAGGCCACUGGCAAGAAGGUGCCGGAGAAGUUCUCCAACUAA